AUGCGCAGACCACGUUUUCCCCCAAUUGCUACGGAUGAAUCCCCUCCCCCAAGUUCCCGGAAUCCAGCCCAGGGAGCACUUGCAGAACCGACCAUCGCUGGUGCUGAAGGUGUAGACAAGGCAUUUGGAAAAGCCAUUCAAGACUCCCGCGACGGAUUCCAGAAUGUCCUACUGGAUGCUCCAGAAUCAGAUUCGACGGAAAAUAUUCCGAAACCGUUCAGGAAACCCCGGGGGAUCCUACAGCGCUGUGGGAAAGAAAGCGGCGGCGGGGGGGCAGUGUGUGUUUAUGAACAGGGGCACACCCUCAAGUCAGCGGGUGGGGCUGGAGGGAGAUCCCCCCCAACCAAUGCCGGGCCGGCAGCGGGGGCUGGCGCCGAGGAGGGCGCCGAGAAGCCCAAGGGAGCGCCGGCCCCGCUGCCCUUCAGCGUGGAGGCGCUCAUGGCCGACCACCGCAGGCCCAGCGGCGGCACCGGCCUAGGAGGAGGAGGACACGCGGCGCCGGAGCGGCCUCCCUCGCCCCGGGCCCUGGCCAGCCCUUUCGCCGCCGCCGCCGUCGGGGGCCUGGGGAAACUGCCCGAAGAGGCGCGCCUGCUCCAAGCCGAGAGCCCGGAGAAGCCCGAGCGGACGCCCUGGAUGCCGCCGCCGCCUCCCCCAAGACGCGCAAGCCCGCCGGCCUGCCCGCUGCGCAAGCACAAGACGAACCGCAAGCCGCGGACGCCCUUCACCACGGCGCAGCUGCUGGCGCUGGAGAGGAAGUUCCGCCAGAAGCAGUACCUGUCCAUCGCCGAGCGGGCCGAGUUCUCCAGCUCGCUGAGCCUGACCGAGACGCAGGUCAAGAUCUGGUUCCAGAACCGGCGCGCCAAGGCCAAGCGCCUGCAGGAGGCCGAGCUGGAGAAGCUCAAGAUGGCAGCCAAGCCCCUGCUGCCCCCCCACGCCGCCGCCUUCGGCCUCUCCUUCCCCCUGGGCGCAGCCCCCGCCGCCGGAGCCUCCCUCUACGCCGCCGCCGCCGCCGCCGCCUCGGCCGGGCCCUUCCCGCGGGCCGCAGGACUGCCUCUCCCCGGCCCCGUCGGCCUCUACGCCGCCGCCGCGCACGUGGGCUACAGCAUGUACCACCUCGCCUAG